AUGUACUUUCAUCUGGUUGCUCUUGCGUUUAUAUUUGCCUCCCUAGCUGCUGCGGAUGUGACCAUCAGUGCACCAGCUAGCAGUGAGACCGUUACGGCAAGUAGUGGAGAUGUCAAGGUUAAGAUCGAGUGGGCCGACGAUGAUUCCAGUCCUGAGUUAACAGAUGCAACUGCCUACACGUUCAAGCUUUGUACAGGCUCAAACACCGAUAUUGAAGGUGUGGACGAAAUCGAUACUAUCUCUGCAUCUGCUAUCAGCGGCUACUCAUACACUGCCUCGUUCGAUGCUUCUGAUUACGCCAGUGGUCUUUACUAUGUUCAAAUAUACACGACAUUCAAAUCGGGAGCUUACAGCAUUCAUUAUUCUUCUCGUUUUUCUGUUAAGGGAUUGACGGGAUCCACCAAGGCCUCUGGUUCUGGUGACCCUCCUACUGCUGAAACAUCUUCUCCAGACGCUGCCGUUAAUAGCAAAUCAUUCUCCAUAACUUACACUUUACAGACAGGUAAGACUCGGUAUGCCCCUAUGCAGAUGCAGCCUGGCUCUACUGUCACUGUCUCUUCGUGGUCGAGAAGGUUCCCUACCUCCGCGGUCACCUACUACAGUACCUACCGAAAAUCUCUUGACUGCCUUUCGACUAUCACUCCUGGUUGGUCAUACACUAUGGAUUCUUUUACUAAUAUGGCCACUCCGGCACCAUUUCCUAGUGAGGUGGGUUGGUAUCCUGCUAGUCAAAAGUUGGAAAGUGCUUCAUUGGAUGGCUCUCUAAGAAGAAUUAAGAAGAGAAGAUGGGAUGAUUGA